AUGUCAAAAUCGAGUUCACCCUCCUCCUAUGAGAAGUACGAUGUAAGAAAAAGAAACCCAAAUCCGAAAUCAUGUGCACUGUUGGUCAUCGAUAUGCAGAACUAUUUCUCUUCCAUGGCAGACCCAAUUCUAGCUAACCUCAACACCACAAUCACUCUCUGUAGACGCGCUUCCAUCCCCGUCAUAUUCACGCGCCACUCUCACAAGUCUCCCUCCGACCACGGCAUGCUCCACGAGUGGUGGUCCGGUGACCUCAUCAUCGAUGGCACUGUAGAGGCCGAUCUCAUGACAGCGUUGGACCGCAAAGGGGAUGACAUGGUGGUGGAGAAGAGUACAUAUAGCGCAUUUAGGAAGACGGGUCUGGAGGAAAAACUGGUGGAGAUGGGUGUGGAUGAGGUUAUAGUGACAGGUGUGAUGACUAACUUGUGCUGUGAGACGACGGCGCGUGAGGCUUUUAUUAGAGGCUUCAGGGUUUUCUUUUCUACUGAUGCUACUGCUACAUCUGAUAUAGAUCUUCAUGAGGCUACUCUGAAAAACAUGGCUUAUGGUUUUGCUUACUUAAUUGAUUCUCACAGGCUCAAACAAGCCCUUAAUUAA